GGAACUUUGCCCCCUUGUGCUGGUGGUCAGCAGAACUUUGCCCCCUUGUGCUGGUGGUCAGGGGAACUUUGCCCCUUGUGCUGGUGGUCAGGGGAACUUUGCCCCCUUGUGCUGGUGGACAGCAGAACUUUGCUCCCUUGUGCUGGUGGACAGCAGAACUUUGCUCCCUUGUGCUGGUGGUCAGUGGAAGCUCCGUUAUUGUGCGUUUCUUUUAUGACAAAAGAUGGUAAUGUAUGGGUUGUUUUUUCUAAAGUAAAACCUCAAUUUUCAGGUUUACUUGCAGUCUUGGCACUU